AUGGAGCGCAAGCAUCCACCACUUCGCCGGGUGUCCCGGGGUGUGCCUGCGAAAGUCUCUUUCGGAGCACAGUUAUCAGAACCGUUAACUGACAGUGGCACUAGGAGGGCGGAGCUGAACGAGGAGGACAGUUGUUACAGCUCCUGCUCUGAGGAGUCACAUCCUUCGCUUUCGAGGGAAAGCUCGGAAACUGUCGGCUCAGACUUAGGACUUGGCAGGUUGAAGCUAGAAGAGGACACGGCAAAGUCGAGCGCUCCCUUUACUGCACCACCGCACCUGGUCGAGUUCGCUCGGAAUCUCGGAUACUCCCAAGAAAGGCUGAUAGCUGUGCUGAAAAAGAUUGGAUGCGAUGCUGGCCAGGACCGGAUCUUAGCAGAACUCGUCCAAAUGGGUCGCGGCUCCACCGAACAGCCAGAAAGCGUAAUCUUCACUCCAGCACCUUCGUCAACAUUGAGACCAAUCGUCAUUGAUGGUUCCAACAUCGCUAUGACGUCAGUACGAUUUUUCAGCUAG